AAUAGUUCAUUUGCAAAUCUGAACAAAAGACUGUUAAAGAUCACUGUGCAUGGGGAUUUGAGUAAGAUAGACAAAUGCAGGUGAAAAUAUAGAAAGUAAAUCUCCAUGUUAUUACAAAUCAACAACAACAUGUCGGAUAAAGUGAACAAUGGUAAAAAUGUUGAGUGCCAAAGUAAAAACGACACACAAAAGGAAAAGCAUGAUUCCUCAAGCGAAUCUAAGUCGCCUGUUAAAAAGCCACAUCUGUCAUUCGGAAUAUCACAAAUACUCUCUGGAAAAAGCAGUCGAAACUCGAUGUCACCGUCACCGACAGACUCCGUCAGUGACGUGAUAGACGCGAAUGACGUAAAAAGUGAUAGUGAAAAUGAACACGAACUCGAUAUCGAAAAUGAAGAUCGUAUUUAUUCCGAAGGUGAGGGGCGCAAAUCACCGUCGACGUCGCCGGCGUUGUCGGCAUCAAAAUACCAGGCGGCCCUGGCGUCACACGCACAAGCGAUGUACUCGCUGGACUUCGCUGGUACCCCGCUAUUUUCCCUCGCUGGAUGUGGGUUGUACCGGGGAACUUCCGGUGGUCUGGUCAAGGUGCCGGCGCAGAGACCCCACCCUAUGUUGCAGAUGUUUAAUCCAUACAAUAUUCCGUGGAUAGACUUCCGGCGAGACCGCUUCGGAGGUGAGACAGACAUUGUUCGACGAAUCGGCCAUCCGUACCAGAACCGAACGCCUCCGAAGCGCAAGAAACCGCGCACGUCAUUUUCCCGCCUCCAGAUCCUCGAGCUUGAGAAGCGCUUCCACCGCCAGAAGUACUUGGCGUCGGCGGAGCGCAGCGCCCUGGCCAAGACUCUCAAGAUGACGGACGCCCAGGUUAAGACGUGGUUUCAGAACCGCAGGACUAAAUGGAGACGACAGACGGCAGAAGAGCGGGAAGCGGAACGUCAGGCCGCAAACCGCCUGAUGAUGUCGCUACAGGCGGAAGCCAGUAAGACGGUUUACGACAUUCGAGACCCGUUAUGCAUGAGCAAUUCCUCACUUCACGCUCUACAGAAUCUGCAACCGUGGGUGGAUGAAACCCAGAGAAGUUCGAGUUAACAAACAAUUGAACGUUGUUCUUUUAUCACAAUAAUAUUAACGUUGAUGAGACGCCAUAAACAGUAUCCGGUGAAGAUGUGUCCGUGUUUGAUUGGUAUUUUUGUUGUAAUGGACACACAUCCCAGCCUGUCUGACCGAUCAGUACUGUUUGCUAUGAAAUUUAAACAUUGUUACUGUAUUGAUAUGCAGUUUUCAAUAUAAACAGAGUCUACAUCAAGUAUUUAUCAUUGACUAUAACUCAAUGUCAAUGUUAAUUGAAUUUGUCUAUGUUAAACUAACUGUCUUGUUUGAAUUUCAUGGAUUGAUGUUAUGAAGGUAUGGGUGCGCAAAAUAACAAACGAGUGAUGAAUUGAAACAUGCAUUUACAACAAGUAAAGCAAGAUAAUGUUUAAAACAAUCUUGAACUGUUGCAAAUUUUCUACCGCUCUUUGCAAAUUCGUCUACAAUCAUAACAAGGAAAAAAGACCAUUGUAAUAGAUGUAUAGUGUGUGUUGAUGAACUAUUUACAUGCAGUGUGAAGUUUAAAUGGGGCACGUUACUGUAUCAAUGGGGCAUUAAAUACACAAAAUUUAUGCUCUUUUCCACCACAUAUCUCUGCCUACUCUUGUUUUUGAUAAAACGCACUAUAUACAUUUCAGCGCAUAAGGGUCGGAGAACAGAUUAUUUUUGUUCGCAUUCGUGCAGAAUACUAAUGCAUAAGAACGGCAUAAUACGAAUAACCAUCAAGCAUUAUAUAUGUUUUGAAGACUCUAUCCAAUAAUAUUUAAAUUCAUUUUGCAGAAAUCGUUUCUCAUAGUCAUCUUAUCGAACAAAAUAAAACAAAAACGCAUUGUACUUAAAUAAAAACUAUUGGAUGAGUAUUUAAAGUAUAACUUUUUGACGCACCAGAGGUCAACGAAUACUUAUUUUAUGUUCGAAUCGGAUAAACAGGAAGGUAUUUAUUCCAUUCGAACCAUAUCGCUUUAUAUAACAAAUUAAAAAAAGCAGUGGAAUUAGCGCCGUAUGAUUCGUUAGAAAUUAGUUUGACUUUAAAAUCAUUCAACUUUUUUUAGGUGUACUGGGGCUGUAAGAGAUGGAAUUUCGUUCAUGUAAGCCGUUUUAUUAAUGUGUAAGCAGUAACUCACAUUUAUGCAAUUCAAGUAAAUCGAUACGAAAUAACGCUAUGUCACUAUAUUUAUUCAAUGUAUACGCAGCCUUUUUUAAUGAAGAAAACAAAAGCAGUUAUAAUUUGUUGAAUACACGAAAUGGAUGGAUCAAAUCCGCUAUCUGUUAAAUCUAUCUUGGUUGGAAUGUGCACAUGUCAGUAUAAAUCCUUAUAUUUUCCUUUAUUGAUGUAGUCUUACUUGUAAUGUUAUGCAUUUUGAAUCAUUGUGUCUCGCUCUGAGAAAAUCGGGUUAAAUGCAUGUACGUGAAGUAUUGUCCCAGAUAAGACUGUACGAUACUUUCAGCAUUUAUGGACCUUUCGUAUAAAGGAAGUCUCGUAAAAACGAAAAUCAAGUAAAGGCGGAAAGUGUCGUCCCUGAUAAGCCGGUGCUGGCGGCGGCCCGAUUACCCAGGGCGAGUUUUAAUUAUAAAUCAAUAUGAACCGCGCUCUGUGAAAAUGGGGUUCAAUGCAUGUGCGAAAAGUUUCGUCCCAGAUAAGC